AAGCCGUGGUGGCCGCGAUAGCGAGAGAUUGAAAGGAAAGCAUUGCCGCGUCGUGAGACGUUCCGACGACGGUGAAAAGUACCGCGAUAAAAAUACGAGCGGCGCGUAUUUGCCGUCCGCGAGAUACCCGCCGUCGCCGGUUUCCGGAACGUGACGCAUCGCGCGUGUUCGCCGUGUUACACGAAACUUGCGAGAGCAACACGCUUGACCAGCGCAGUCAGGCUACGUUUAGAAGGCAGCCAUCUUGCAAUCCCUAAUCAAAGAUCCACGGCAAGCGGAUAUCGCUGUCUGGUUUGCGGCCAGUUAAUAUCAACACACAGUUCGUCAAAUGGCUUUAAAGCGAAUUAAUAAGGAACUUCAGGACCUUGGUAGAGAUCCGCCAGCACAAUGCUCGGCUGGGCCUGUAGGAGAUGACUUAUUCCACUGGCAGGCAACAAUCAUGGGACCACCUGACAGUCCGUAUCAAGGAGGGGUAUUUUUCCUAACAAUACACUUUCCGACAGAUUAUCCAUUCAAACCACCUAAGGUGGCAUUCACGACUAGAAUUUAUCAUCCUAAUAUCAACAGUAAUGGAAGUAUUUGUUUGGAUAUUCUACGAUCGCAAUGGUCUCCCGCAUUAACUAUAUCAAAAGUGUUAUUGUCAAUAUGCUCCCUGCUGUGCGAUCCAAAUCCAGAUGACCCAUUGGUACCAGAGAUAGCCAGGAUAUACAAAACUGACAGGGAGAAGUAUAAUGAAUUGGCACGUGAAUGGACGCGCAAGUAUGCCAUGUGAUGCGCCAAUCUCCAUUGACUUCAACAUCCAAAUACCACCAAGAAACAGCCCCAGCCUAUUGCCACUUACGCAUCAGCACCGAUUGAAAUUAGCUAUGGCUCGUAUACUUUUAAACAUUAAGCCAGUAUUCGGGCCCGAGGAAUCCUCAGGCAAACGUGAUCGAUCUGAACUUCUCGCGGUUCAGGAAGUCCGCGGAUAGUUAAAACGUUGCCGCAAUGGCAAUCGAGGCAAUUUUGAAGGUGGUCACUCAGCAUUAUAUAUACCGAAUCUGACAACACAUGUCCGCUUUGUUUUUCAUAAAUAAAAAAAAUGGAAGUAACAUAUAGGAGAGUGAAAGUAGGAUUUGUAUUUGAAUCUAAUAGAUUGGUUUCUAAUUAUUGUGCUUAUAAUUGUAACAUGAUACCUACUUUCUCAGUGAAACAGAAAACUUUGAACUGACAGCACAUCGAUUGUUAGUCUUAACGCAAGUGAGCAAUGUUUGCCCGUCCCUUGGAACGAUGUGGUCACUCUUUUGUAAGACUGGGCUAUAUAUAUAUAUAAAUAUUACUGAAACUACGUGUAUGCUUUAUUCAAUUAUUAAAAUUCCUUAUACCUGACAAAUUCUACGAGUAACUCUAAAUCUGUGCUUUUGGUUCCUGUGUGUGUGUGUAGUAAUUUAAUUAUGCAUAUCGUUAAUCGGCAAGUGGCAACCGUGCAACUUUAAGUAAUCGGAAGUAAUUGAAACAGAUUGAUAUUUGGAGCAUUGCUUGCAGUUUCGUGGGUCUGAAGAAAGUUUGAUAUGUAAUUUACCGGAAGCACGUAGAUUGCUCGCGUUUCAUCCUUUUCAGCUUUACGCUGAUACAACAAACUAUCGUUGAAAUCACUUUAUUGAUAAGGGAUGUAAAAGGGAGAGUAUAUAUAUAUAUAUAUAUAUAUAUAUAUACAUGUAAUCAAAUUCCGAUUAUUUAAAUUUAUAUACGGACCGCGUUAUAAAUUAGGCGAUAAAUAUGUCGACGAUGCGAGAAGAUUGCCGUAGGAUUGCUAAAAUCUCGGCGAUCCGUCUUGCAUUAUAUAGUGCAUGAAUGCACGCUAUUAAGUUUGUGCGUCGCGAUUUUUGCGAAUCAGGAAUUCGCAUUACUCGUCGUUUAUCGCGACGUUAUUUUACUCGCAUCAAUACUUUUACUUCUGUUUUGCGUGCAGAUGUUUCUUUAAAUGGCGAUUUUUUUAUUAUUAUUUAGUUUCGUGACCAGAUGUUUUUCCUUUCAUCCACAAUAUAAAUGCGUACAUACACGCGACCAUACUGUCCAUGCUGGACGAACGCUAGACUUAAAUCUGUUAUUUAAAUUUUGCGAUUUCAAUAUUGUAUCUCCGAUAUAUUGUGGUUGUAAGGGUAAAGCGAUGUGAUUACAUAUUAUUUCUUAAAAACCUAGUUAUAUACAAAAUGAACAAAUUAUGUCGUUAAAUUACGAAAUGUCAUUCAGCGCGAUAGUUCAUUUAAGAUUAUAUGAAACUACGUAAUUGCACUGUUCAAUGGUGCUAGCAGUGUGUUUUUUGGCUUCUAAUCAUAGAUAAAUAAAAUCUGAUAUGUCAUUUAAAAGAAAAGAUACGAUUACUUAAUUAGUGCGUAAGUAAAACGAUUCUGUCUUGCGAACCAUGUAAAGCGCGCGUUAGUGCGAAACGUCUCGAUAUGAUCGGUGUUUAAAGGCAAGCUGAUGGAGGCGACUAAAGGAACCUAGAGAAGACAAAUCGAUUAGUAUGUAAUGCGGCGGCCCGCUGUUUACGCCGACCUUGUCUCAUACGACCGUGUAUCUGCUGUAAUUUAAUUACGAGUAAACGCGUCGAAUCUGGUAUUUAAAAGUUAUAGCCCUCUAAGAAAAAAAAAUUGAUCAUCGUUCACCUCUAGUAGAAGACGACUAUUCAUGUGUAUAAUUAAUUAUUACUACCGCAAUAAUGAACAUUUUUAAUAACUUAUCUUGUGUACAUUUUAGCAUUAGCCCUUUAUAUAAUAAAGUCCACACGAUGAUAAGAUAAA